AUGGCUCGCGGUCCCAAGAAGCACAUGAAGCGUUUAGCAGCUCCCAAGCACUGGAUGCUUGACAAACUUUUGGUCAAGCUCAACAAUCCGAUGUCUAUGACGAGCUUUAUUCUUUUACUGAAUUGUGUUGAUAUUGCAAAAUAUGACAUUUACACAUCAUGUUCAAUUAUAUUCAUACUUUCUUUUUCUAUAGGCAACUAUGCCCCUAAGCCUAGUUCCGGUCCUCACAAGACUCGUGAAUGUCUUCCUUUGAUUGUCUUCAUCCGUAACCGUCUCAAGUACGCCUUGAACGGCCGUGAAACUCAAGCCAUUCUCAUGCAACGUUUAGUCAAGGUCGAUGGUAAGGUCCGUACCGACUCUACCUUCCCUGCUGGUUUUAUGGAUGUUAUUUCUAUUGAAAAGACUGGCGAGAACUUCCGUCUCGUCUAUGACGUUAAAGGUCGCUUUGCUGUUCACCGUAUCACUGAUGAGGAGGCCAAGUACAAAUUGUGCAAGGUCAAGAAGGUCUUGGUUGGUGCCAAGGGUAUCCCUUACAUCACCACUCAUGACGGUCGUACUAUCCGUUACCCUGAUCCUUUGAUCAAGGCUAAUGAUACUAUUCGUUUCAACAUUGAAUCUGGCAAGAUUGAAGAGUUUGUCAAGUUCGAAGUUGGUAACGUCGUCAUGAUCACUGGUGGUCGUAACAUCGGUCGUGUGGGUCAAAUCGUUCACCGUGAACGUCACAUUGGUGGUUUUGAAAUUGUUCAUGUCAAGGAUUCUUUGGAUCGUGUCUUUGCUACCCGUAUCUCUAACGUCUUUGUGAUUGGUCAAAGCUCUAAGCCCAUGAUCUCUCUUCCUAAGGGUAAGGGUAUCAAGCUCUCUAUCACUGAAGAACGUGACCGCCGUAGAGCUGCUGCUGCCUCUUCUGCUUAA